AUGACAGGCAAUCCAGAAGAUACUAGGAAAUCUCUUGUUCCUAUCCCAGCGCCAAAGAAGAAGAAGAAGAGAAGUAAACGCCCAAAAAGCAAGAGAGGAAAGAACAAACCAACCGGCUUCGAAGAGUAUUAUGUGGAUGCUCCGAUCACGGCCGAGGAACACGAGUUCGAGCUCGACCUUUAUCAUGUCUCUCGACCCAUCGCUCACCGCCUCGAAAAUUCCCUUCUACGGUUUAGCAAGAACCGACGAAUUGAGCCCGACAGACUGGAGGUUUUUAACAAGUACCUCCAAUACGGAGGCAUUGAUGUCAGCCCUAAGAUGUUUGCGGGAGUGGAUGAGCGUGGCAUGAAAGACAUGGACAAAGAGGACAUCCUUCUGGCGAGGGGUAACACAUCAAUCAAUCAAGGUCAAUCUAACUUGAUCAUCGAUUUCAAUGCUGUGGUGAAAGGAUACCUGACCUCGUAUUUCCCAUUUUACUUCAACCCUUUUACUGAGGAUAUGAUCAAACUCGCUACCGUCACCACCCGGGGCUUCUUGUCUUACCUUCUCUAUCACGAUGUCUGUCCGGAAUACAAAGAGAACAUUCACGAAGCAAGGAAGUCGUGUGAUAUCGCUACCGGCGAACUAUGGAAGAACCAGCAACUCACGGCCGAGGGAACGGAUGACUUCAACAAAGCCUGCUCAAUCUUGUUCGGUGGGUUUGAGCAUGAGAUAUACGUUGAGGAUAAUCAGUGGGAAAAUCCCAAGGACGACAAGGUCCACAUGACCAAAAAGAUCGCCCAGAAAGUCGUGAGGUUCGGUUUGGGUGUUGCCGGAACGGAUGAUAUUGCUUCUGCAUUUCACCAUAAAGCCAUUGCAGGCACACUCACGGCAAAGAAGCUGCAGGACAUCCACGGCUUCGAAGUGACUGGCGUGCGUUUUCUCGAGGACAACGCACGGCAGUUCUACCAGGACCAGGCACCUGACCUUCACCCAGUUGGAGUUCUAUUUGGCAGAACCUAUUACGAUCCUGCAGAGCCGGAGUACGAUCUUUCUCCAGAGGAGAGGGAGGAGUGGGCGAAAAAUGGCCUUCCAGUUCAGGAUUUCACGUUUUUCCUAGAAGAGCGCCUUCUCCAGCACUGCUACCCCGGAAUGAAAAUCAUUGCAAACGUCUGGGAACUAAACUGCGGUUUUCACUAUUUCGAGGAGGUCAUCAGGGCCUACUGCUCCAUCUACACGCCACUCGCCAAUGAACUCAUGAUCGGGUGGAAGAAGCCACGAGCUUUGACGGCAAAGAAGGAACAGGAAGAUAGCGAUGCUGAGUAG